AGCCGACCAAUAGGAGCGCUUGACGUUAUCAGCAGAGGGAGAAAAAAAUCCCCACAGUCGCCAUAAUACAGCAGCGGAAACGGCAGAGAAGUGGCUAGAAAACAAAAGACAACACGCAGUCGUCCUCGCCAUUUGGUAUGCUCUUGCAGGAAUGCCCAAGGAAAAAUAUGACCCGCCAGAUCCCAGGCGGAUGUACACAAUAAUGUCCAGCGAGGAGGCAGCCAAUGGGAAGAAGUCAUACUGGGCUGAGCUGGAAAUUAGUGGUCGAGUAAGGAGUCUCAGCACGGCUCUGUGGUCCCUCACCCACCUCACUGCCCUACACCUCAGCGACAACUCCUUGUCACGCAUCCCGCCGGACAUUGCCAAACUACACAAUUUGGUGUACCUGGAUCUUUCAUCCAACAAGAUCAGGAGUCUGCCGGCAGAGCUUGGCAACAUGGUGUCUCUCAGGGAACUGCUCUUAAAUAACAACCAGUUGCGGGUUCUGCCCUUUGAAUUGGGAAAACUGUUUCAGUUACAAACACUGGGGUUGAAAGGAAACCCACUUGCACAAGAAAUUAUGAGCCUCUACCAGGAACCUGAUGGCACGCGGAGACUGCUCAACUACUUGUUAGACAAUCUGGCGGGGGCUAUCAAGCGCAUACCAUCAGAACAGCCCCCGGCCCGGUCAUGGAUCUCUCUCCAGGAACCAGACCGAACCCGACCAUCAGCACUGUUCUCCGUCAUGUGCUACAACGUGCUGUGUGACAAGUACGCCACAAGGCAGCUCUACGGCUACUGCCCAUCUUGGGCUCUGAACUGGGAGUACAGGAAGAAGUCCAUCAUGCAGGAGAUUCUGGGCUGCAAUGCGGACAUCAUUAGUUUGCAGGAAGUUGAGACAGAGCAGUACUACAAUUUCUUCUUGCCGGAGCUGAAGGAGCAGGGUUACGACGGGUUUUUCAGUCCUAAAUCACGAGCUAGGACCAUGUCGGAAUCGGACCGCAAACAUGUGGACGGAUGUGCAAUUUUCUACAAGACGGAAAAGUUCAGUGCGGUGCAGAAGCACACGGUGGAGUUCAACCAGCUGGCUAUGGCUAACUCGGAGGGCUCAGAGGCCAUGUUGAACCGAGUCAUGACCAAGGACAACAUUGGGGUUGCAGUCCUGCUCGAAGUCCGCAAGGAAAUGAUGGAGGUCUCCUCUGGAAAGUCACUACACGGCAUGGAGAAGCAGCUGCUGCUGGUAGCCAACGCCCACAUGCACUGGGACCCGGAAUACUCUGACGUCAAGCUGGUCCAGACCAUGAUGUUCCUGUCGGAAGUGAAGAACAUAGUGGACAAGGCGACACGCAGCCUCAAGUUGUCCUCGGUUUCUGGUGAAACCAACGCCAUUCCACUGGUGCUCUGCGCUGACCUCAACUCUUUGCCUGACUCUGGUGUAGUGGAGUACUUGAGUACGGGUGGAGUGGACUGCACUCACAAGGACUUCAAGGAGCUUCGCUACAGCGACAGCCUGACCAAAUUCAACUGCAACGGCAAGAACAGCACGUCCAAUGGCAGGAUCACCCACGGCUUCAAGCUAAAAAGCGCUUACGAGAACAGCCUGAUGCUUUACACCAACUACACGUUUGACUUUAAGGGUGUCAUCGACUACAUUUUCUACUCCAAGCCCCACCUGAACGUCCUGGGCAUCCUGGGCCCUCUGGACCCCCACUGGCUGGAAGAGAACAAUGUCAGCGGCUGUCCGCAUCCUCACAUCCCCUCCGACCACUUCAGUCUCUUUGCCCACCUGGAGCUGCUCCUGCCCAACGUGCCCCCCCAAGUCAACGGCCUCCACCUGCCUGCACGCAGGUAGUGAGUCCCUCCUGCCACUCCCACCACAGGGUGGAGGGGGAGAGCUCUCUCCCCCUUUUCCCCUCCCACGACCAGCUCUUCUUUCCACCACACUGGAGAAGGAAGGCAAAAAGGAAAAAAAAACAUCACGUGUAAAAUAUUCGUACAGUGAGGUCUGGCCAACAGGGAUUUCAUAUGAUGUUAUAGAUAUUCUAUAUUUUUCUUUCUUUUCUUCUUUUUUUUAACUGCUCAAUUUGUGUACCAUAUUUUGUGUUUUGGACUCCCCUCCCCCUUUUUACCCAAUCCCGCCCACAGGAUGUUCGCCCAUUCAGCUUUUAAUUUGAAGAGUUUUAGACUGACACCACCACAUUUCACCGGAGCUUGGUAGUGCGUCUUGUCUGUCUGUCCUGUACAAAUCCGAAAAACCAGCAAAGACAGCAAGACGACCGCGGUCGGGUCGGGGUCGGGGUCGGGGUUGCUUCGCCGUGUUUUUUUUUUUUUUUUUUUUUUGCCGAGCUUAGAGCAGCUGGUAGUCGGGGAAGCCAUUGAAGCUUUUCCUUGCUGUCAUUCUGUUGGUGCUCAGGCCCUUUUUUUUUUUUGUCUGGUGGUUCACGGGGCCUCCUGCGGUGCUACACCUCUGAACACCCCCCCCUUUUUGAACACCCGCUCUGGCCAUCGGUGCAAUAGCUCCUGAAGAAGAAGAAGAAAAAAAAAAAAAAAAAAACACAGACCCGCCUCUCCCCCCUUUCCCAACAUGGUGCUGCAUGACUUCACACAGCGUGUAUGGAUCUAAUGGAGAAACAGCUUGUUAGGUUUAGUCUCACAUUGAACUCCCUUAUGAAAUUUAAGCAGCUGAUGGGCAAAUAUAUUAUGGGAUGUCAGUAGUGGGUGAUUACACACACACACAUAUACAUGCAUGUCAUUUUCAGGCAGAUCUGUAGCACUGUUUCCACGGCCAGUAGUGACUUUCCUUCAUUAAUCUGCACCCACUCAACAAAAAACAGUGUUUUUUUUUUUCCUCUUUUCACUUUUUCCGCAAGUGUUUGUACAGAAUAGAGACCUAGACUCAGUCUGUCUUUACAUGAUUGUAUAUGAACCACAUUUUUUUUUUUUUUUUGUACCAAGAGUUAAAUUAUAAUCCGAUUUGAGAGAAGAUUGUAUGUACAAUAUGGCUAAAUUUUUAUCCACUUGACAUGAAAUUUGAAUAUGACCAGCUUGUACAAAAACGACAUUAUUAUUAUUAAGAAGAAGAAGAGGUUGUUCAUGGCUCCCCCCCCUGUCACGACUUUGCACUCCUUUUUGACAUGAAUGGUUAAUGUAGUGUAUCGUGUUUUUAAACCCCCCCUCCGUUUUCCCAUCGCUAGUCUUUUUUUGAUUUGCCGGCAGAUUACUGCGAUUGUACAUAAGACACUUUGGAGUAAAUCUGCCUUUUGCCGCUGACUCAUUUCUACAUCCACACAUGUGACGUGCGACUGAUUACCCCCCCCCCCCCCCCCCCAAAAAAAAAAAAUACACACGUCCAAGCAGAAACAUUGUGCCUCAUGGUAGCUCUCGUUGUCGUCUUGCACUAACUUCUUCGAAAACAUUACAGACGGAACGCCUGAACAACCUUUUCUGCUUUUAUUUUUAAAUACUUGUCGAGACAUUUGUGAAGAUUUUAUGUCCUUGUUUUUUUUUUUGUUACUUUUUUUUUUUUUUUUUUUUACAAGCCGUGACAAUGUUUGAUGAUGUUCUGUAUAAAUCCUUCGAUGCUUUCACUUUAGUAAUCAGGUAUGUGUGACUCUUAUCCCCGUUUAGGAUCAGGAGUGUCUUUUUUUUUAUUAUUAUUAUAAAAAAAAAAAAGUCGUUAUUGUACAUUAGCAUACAUGUACUACUUGGACUUUUUUUUGCCACGCCCACUCAAGCAAAUUUACCCAUCACUGAAAUGACACUUAAGUGUAUUUAGUCCAUUGUGUCUCUUUUUAAAUACUUCUGAGAAACCACUUUGUAUCAUUGUCACCCCCCCCCGCUGCAGCUACUGUGCCAUCCGUGGAACACCCACCCCCCCCCACCCUGAUUCGCCUAUCCCCUACCUAUAGAUGACAAGCACUUAUCCUCUCAUCAGCGACUGCUUGGUCACUACUUUUUAACGCGGAGUGAAGCAAAUAUGAAAUAUGAAUUUUGCCUCCUCUAUGGUUUUAUUUUAAUUGAGUUUUCCAACAAAAACCCAACUUUUUUUUGUAUUUUUUUUUCCACCUGAAUGGCAUUAGUAUUGUAGUUAAAAAGCUAGCUUUUUUUUUUUUUUGUAAAGUGUGAAUAAAAGAUGUAUCUCAUGUUUCCUUUCUAAAAUGAUAUUGAAUUGUGUUGAUGUACAAAUAAUGGAUUCUAUGAUGGUAUUGUUUGCUACAUAUGUUUUUACUUUUAAAUAUUCACGCUCCCUUGUUAUGCUUCUCUAUAUCCCCCGGUCACAAAACCAAAUCAUGUCAUGUGGAGGAGAAUGUGCAGGGGCGACGCAACACACAGAAUGAAGGUCAGGAAGGGUCGGCAUCUUUUUUUUUUUUUUUUAGGUGUCAGAACAGGGAUCUUUAACCUUCCUUUUUUGCUUAUAUUUGUGCUUUUUGUUUUUGUUAGCUUUAUUUUGGAGGUUUCCUGUACUGCCGCUGGUCGCCAGAUUGUUCCCCGUGACAAGGCCCAAGGUAGCUUUAGUCACACUUGGACAGGACAAAGCGACAUUGUGUAAUUUUUUUUUGUAAUUUUCCACUGUUGUGAUUUUCCUAAGCUGCAUCUUUUUUUUGUUAUUGUUGUUAUUGUUGUUGUUGUGGCGGUGCACCAAAGCUGCUUGUAGUCCCCGAUUUAUUCAUAAUUGUAUCCAAAUAAUAUGGACUGUAGGGCUGCAAGGACUAGUUCUCACACUUUUUUUUUUUUUUUUCCCAAUGAA